UCCUCAGCCAUGGAUCUCCUUCCCAUCCCAUCUCAGCGGGACUCCGGGACACAACAGAUGCGCGGAGCCAGGAUGAGGGUUUCAGCUGCAGCCUGUUGAGGCGAUUUGGGGAAUUUUGCUUUAAAAUCUAAACUUUCAGCGCCUAGAGCUUUGAUGGAGAUCUUUAAUUUUCUGCCCUAAUUAGAGAUCAGAGGAAAGAGGAAACAGAGAAGGGACUUUUAGUCAGGGACUCUUCUGCUGACUGACUCUUUGUGCUGGAGGCGUUUUUUUCUCCUCUUUUGGGCAGUAAGGCCUCCAAGAUAGAUUCCCUCAGGAGUAAAGUGGAGUUGCUGCGUCUCCCGUUGGUUCUUUCCUCAGAGUCCAUCAGCAACCGUAAGAGCCAAUUGGGUGUGGUCUGGGAGAAGGGCGGCGGCUCGGGGACAGGAGUGGCACGGAAACUCCCCCCACCGCUGGCCUCCGACAUGGACAACGAGUCAACGUAUUCGGGCUAUUCCUACAAGUCGUCGCACUCGCGUACCUCCCGCAAAAACAGAGAAAGAAGGGAGCGUCAUCGCUUAAAGAACCGGGAUGGAUCGGUCCGUGGAGAUAAAUCUGUGAUGAUCCAGGCUCCGGGGGAGCCGCUGCUGGAUCCUGAGUCGACUAUAGUGGACGACAGGGAUGAUAACUGGGGGGAAACUACCACUGUGGUCACUGGUACUUCUGUGGACAGCGUCUCCAAUGAGGAUCUGACUCGGACCUCUAAAGACUUGGAGGACUCUCUACCUUUAGACUGUCGCCGCUACAUCAGCCCUGUUCUAGGAGGCAUUUUGGGCCUCAUCUCUGUUAUCACUCCUUUGGCCUUCCUUGCCCUCCCGCAGCUCCUGUGGCGGGAAACAUUGGACCCCUGUGGAACGCCGUGUGAGGGUCUUUACAUUUCUCUGGCCUUCAAACUCCUGAUCCUCCUCAUCUCCACGUGGGCGUUGUUUCUCCGCCCGCCCAGAGCCACUCUACCACGCUUCUUUGUCUUCCGCUGCCUGCUGCUGGCGCUGGUCUUCCUCUUCGUCGCGUCUUAUUGGCUCUUCUAUGGCGUCAGAGUCCUGGAGCCUCGAGAGACGGACUACAGGGGGAUUGUGGGAUACGCUGCAUCAUUGGUGGACGCGCUGCUCUUCAUUCAGUACCUGGCUCUGGUUCUGCUGGAGGUUCGACACCUUCGACCCGCUUUCUGUCUGAAAGUUGUCAGGACCACUGAUGGAGUCAGCCGCUUCUACAAUGUGGGGCAUCUUAGCAUCCAGAGGGCCGCAGUGUGGAUUCUGGAUCAGUACUACAGUGACUUCCCGGUCUAUAACUCUGCAUUGCUUAACCUUCCCAAGUCCAUCCUCACCAAAAAGAUCUCCUCAUUUAAAGUCUACAACCUGGAAGAAGAGAACACCAACAACUCCACAGGCCAGUCUAGAGCCAUGAUAGCAGCCGCUGCUCGGAGAAGAGACAACAGCCACAAUGAAUACUACUACGAGGAGGCAGAGAUUGAGAGGAGGGUCCGCAAACGCAGAGCCAGACUGGUGGUGGCAGUAGAAGAAGCCUUCACACAUAUCAAACGCCACCAGGAUGAAGAGUUGCCGUCUUCCUCUCCCAAACACCCACGGGAGGUGAUGGAUCCCAGGGAAGCCGCCCAGGCCAUCUUCGCCCCCAUGGCUCGGGCCAUGCAGAAGUACCUGCGGGCCACCAGGCAGCAGUCAUAUCACACCAUGGAGAGCAUCAUCAACCAUCUGCAGUUCUGCAUCACACACAACAUGACGCCCAAGGCCUUCCUGGAGCGCUACCUCAGCCCUGGUCCCACCCUCCAGUAUCUGGAUAACAACAGGGGGCGCCAGUGGACACUAGUGAGCGAGGAGCCGGUGACAGCCUCACUGCGCCAAGGCCAGGUCUUCUGCCUGAAACGCCUCGACUUUGCGCUGGUCAUCAAGGUGAUGCCCCUCCCCUUCCUGCGCUUGACUGAAGAGUUCAUCGACCCAAAAAGUCACAAGUUUGUCAUGAAGCUUCAGUCAGAGACGUCGGUGUAGAAGGACGAAAACAGCUGGACAGAAGAGGAAGUGGAACAAUGCUUCUAUCAAGACAUUUUUUUAAUAUACCUUUUAGUAUUACCAUGUUUUAUACAUGGUUCUAAAGUAUUUAGAAAAAAAAAACAUUGUAGUUUAAAUUUGAAGAAGCCAUACUAAGAAAAAAAAUAGACUAUGGCGAGGUAAAACAAAGAGUCCUUGCUGCCUGUCAUAGUCCCUGCUGAUGGUCACUGUUCUCUAGUCGUAUUUUUUAUACAAAUGUCACAGAGUUUUGGUGGAAAAAUGUUCCUCAGGCUUUUAUCCUGAUCUGAGUGUUUUUAUACUGCAUCAUCUUUCUUUUUUUAUAAUUAACACUGACCAUUUCAGUCUAUGAAGCUGAUUCUAGGCUUUUAAUCAAAUCUGUUGUGCUGAACAGAUCCUUGUUCCUUUUUCAGCCAUUUUUUGCGCAAAUUUAAAAAAGCAGAAAUGAUCUUUGUAAAAUGCUACUGAAAGAGACUGAGACACCCUGUAUCUAGUGUUACAGUCUGAAGGAAAGGGCAAAGAGAAAUGUCAAAAAUGGCUUUCCCAGUUUUGCCUUAUCAAAUUAGCAGACCUACUUUACUUCCACAGGGAAGUGAAUUGACUCUAUUUUUACAAUAUGAUAUGUUUUGUAAUUCAUAAUGGUUUGGUCAAAGGACUUCAGUGGAUUUUUGGUAUUUUUAAGAUUUUAUUCAAUGUGUCCAUUGCAUCUGAAUUCUGCACUUUGGCAGCUUAGGUUCACAGUGUGGUUUUGCAAAUAAAAGUGUGUCUGUAUUUCAA